AUGCGCAAGAAGCGCAAGGCUACGGAGCACUCGCCCCAACCGCCACCGUCGCAUGCCAGUGCGCCGGCCGAUCCCGAUCUGGAUGUUUCCUCCACCGCGCGCCUGGAGGAGAAAUUGGACAGCCUCGUUUCGCUGCUGCGAUCCCAGGGGGUUACUACCGAUCAAUCAUCUGCAUCUGCGGUCCAGGCCAAUGCUGCGGGCUCCGCGUCUCGGGUGAUUUCACCCGGCUCGGACGCCUCCCGCACUUCUGCCGCCUACCCGUGUGAACCCACCGCAAACCUCUUGCCCAGGGUCGUUCUCGAGACCAGCGACAACAACAUUAGCAUGGUACGCGCCACGCUAUCGUCGGAAAACUCGCAGACGCUGCAGCUCGUCAUGCAAGACAUUGCCGCCCACGUCAUCAGCGGACCUGCUGCCGACGAGCAGAUCGACAACUUUCGUCGCUACUUCCUCAUCAUGUUUCCUUUUGUUCGCAUCCCGCCCUUCAUGACGUCUGAUGAGCUGCGGCACCAGAGCCCCUUUCUGUGGCUCAACAUCAUAUGUGUCACCAGCAAGUCCCUGGCCAAGCAGUUCGCCAUGGAAGAGACCAUCUGGUCCAUCAUCUCGCGGCGGGUUGUGACCCAGAGGCUGGCCACCAUGGACCUGCUGCUCGGGCUCAUAUGCUUCACCGCGUGGUCGCACUACUUCAAGCAGGACAGGCCCUUUUUGGGAAUGCUCUCCAACCUCGCAACGUCGGUGGCCUUUGAGCUCAACCUGCACAAGGACGUCCGCACAAACGUCUCGUGGCGCGGCAAGUUUGGUCGCCUCUGCUCGGAGCAAGCCCAGAAGCAAGUCCCCCGCACGCUGGAUGAGCGGAGGACCAUGUUGGCUGUUUGGAGUCUCACAAGCUGUGAAUAUGACCUUGAUAUGGUGCUUGCCGCGCACGUCAAGUCUCACCUCAUUUCCAACCAGGUGACAUGCUCUUCGCCGGAUGAUGCCCUCGGUGACAGUGAUGACCCAUCCACUACAACGCCGCCAUCAGUCUUGAUCAAGGCUCUCCUGCGUCAAUUAUCGGACGUCCGGCAAGCCUUGCCGCCGCACAUACAGACGCACACAACGUGCCUCAACGUCGCUCCACCCGACGCGAGGGAACGAUCCUCUCCCGGGAGCAACCUGCGCAUCCAGCGCCUGCGAGACCUCGAGGCCACGGUGAUCACGACGGAGCGGUGGCGCGACGUCUUCUUCAACGAGUUCUCCUCGGCGGACCUGGCGGGCGUCCCGGCCGACAGCCUGUCGCAGUUCACGCUGUGCAUGGUGGUGGCCUUUCGGCUGGCCAUGGUCGGGGCGGACGGCGGCGACGAGCCCGGCUGGGACGCCGAGGAGAUGCGCCGGCGCAUCGACGUGUUUGGCCUGAUGGACCAGGCCUACGACAAGCUCGCGGCCGUCGGCUCCGCCGCGGGCAUCGUCGCCGACUCCCCCGGCCCCCGCCUGGGCAUCUGGCAAAAGUCGCCCAUGAUGUUCCGCAUGAUGAAGGCGCUGCUGCUGGCCGAGCUGCCGCCCGGCAUGACCCUCCCCGGCAUGGAGACGGCCGCCGAGGAGGCCGGCCACCACCGCCACCACCACCACCAGCAGCAGCAGCCGGCGAUGCGCACGCCCGAGAGCAUGGACCAGAGCAACGAGCCCGGAGACGUGUUUGCCGGCAUGAUGGUGCCCGACCAGGUCCUCAUGACCAUGGCCGACGAGCCGUGGCUGUCGGAGCUCUGGGGUCCCAGCUGGGACACCGGGCAGCAAUCGGCGUUUUUUCCUGUCGAUUUUUCAUUUUCGGAUCAGAUGUGA